CGCCGUCUGGUGCGUGACGUAUAGCUUCCGGGACCGUCGUCAGUUGCUGCUAUCUCGUGUCCAUAGCGAAAGGGAAAAUGUCGGCGCACUGUCGACGGGGCUUGUCGUGCCGCCAGUGACCACUCGCCCGACACGUAAUAACGACCGCAUCGCGAGCCCGGUGAUCUUAACUCCAACGGAAUUCGGUCGGUAAAGAGUGCUGAGCUCUCAUCAGUGCGUAUCUCAAUUUGACUCGACUACGCGCGAGAAAGAAAGAGACGGCUGGAAGAAAGGAGGAGAAAGAGGGAGUGAGCAAGCGGUGAGAUUGCGGGACGCAGAGCGUGAGUGGAAGAGAGAGACGGAGAGCAGGUGCGAAACUACACCGCAGUGUAGAGGUCCCCGCGCAAGGGACGAGCCAGACAGUGUGGAGGAAAGAGAAAAGGCAGACGGAGGAGAGUUAGUGACAUGGCGUCGUUAGCGAUGUCAAUAGUGAAGAAUGAGUUCAUCGUGGGCGGCAAGUACAGGUUGAUGAGGAAGAUCGGCUCGGGCUCCUUCGGCGACAUUUACCUCGGCAUCAACAUCUCCAAUGGCGAGGAGGUCGCAGUUAAGUUGGAAAAUAUGCGAGCUCGGCAUCCUCAGCUUUUAUACGAAUCAAAGCUGUACAAAAUAUUGCAUGGUGGCAUAGGCAUACCGCACAUACGCUGGUAUGGCCAAGAACGUGAAUAUAAUGUUCUUGUUAUGGAUCUUCUCGGACCAUCUUUGGAGGAUUUGUUUACUUUUUGUUCAAGAAGGUUUACGAUUAAAACAGUCUUAAUGUUGGCAGACCAGAUGAUCGGUAGGAUUGAAUACGUUCACUGCAAACACUUUAUUCACAGAGAUAUAAAGCCAGAUAAUUUUUUAAUGGGAAUUGGGCGACACUGUAACAAGUUAUUCCUCAUCGACUUUGGACUGGCAAAGAAAUACAGGGAUAGUCGCACAAGAUUGCAUAUAAUAUAUCGCGAGGAUAAAAAUUUAACGGGCACCGCGAGGUAUGCGUCCAUCAAUGCACAUCUUGGGAUCGAACAGAGUCGUCGCGACGACAUGGAAUCACUCGGCUACGUUCUUAUGUACUUCAAUCGCGGAUCAUUACCUUGGCAAGGUCUCAAAGCGGCGACGAAGAAGCAGAAGUAUGAAAAAAUUAGUGAGAAAAAAAUGUCUACGCCAGUAGAAGUCUUAUGCAAGGGAUUUCCCGCCGAAUUUGCAAUGUAUUUGAAUUACACGCGAGGUCUACGUUUUGAAGAAAGCCCGGAUUACAUGUAUCUGCGCCAACUUUUCCGCAUUCUUUUCCGUACAUUGAACCAUCAAUACGAUUAUACAUUCGAUUGGACGAUGUUGAAGCAAAAAGUAGCAAGCGGUACUGUUAGCGGCGGAGUAUCAGCAGCUGGACCAGGUCUCUCUCAAGGUGCUCAAGGUGCUCAGGGGCAAGGACAAAGCCAAGGUCAGGCACCAACUCAAGCCAACGCUCAAUCAGCAAAUUACAAGCUUAAAAGAUGGUUGGACCCCGCAAAACACAACGACGUUUCAAUCGGCACAAAUCAUUCUUCCAAGAAGCCAUAACACAAGCAGAGGCUCUUUGAGCGCGCUAAGACUAACUCCUCAUUGUAGCAACAAUCUCGAUCGCUAAAGUGUUUCAAACGAGGUACCGAACUUAUUAAAAAAAAAAAAAGUUGUUAUUCAAAGAGUCACAUCAGUCAACACUCUAACUUCGCAGAGACGAAAAUCCAAUUAUGUGAUUACAAACGCAGCUUUCGUGCGUGCGCGACACGGGAAACAUGAUGUGUUGCACAAUUACCAGGCUACACACGAGUUGUUUUCUGUGCAACUUAGAGUUUCGGUUGAUUAAACUCUUUGGAUUUGGAAACGAGUGAGAGACCAGCUAGCCAGAAAGUGGCUUGUUCUUAUUUUGUUAUUACAUAUUUAAUUUACCGUUGGUAAUCAUUGAAAAUAAAGGUUUUGAUGCUCUGAAAGAAGAUCCUUGUAAAAGAGUGCAUGUGGUAUCGGACUUGAUUUAUAGUGGGUGAUUUAAUCCGCGGAGUUCGCCGUGUAACUUUCAUGGAGAGAAAGAGAGGACAUUCAAACCAUACUUUGAAUGCUCGCGUUAAUCCGUGGAGCGCGUCGUGUAACAUUUUAUAUCUACUCUAUGAACCGAAGGAGAGAUAAUGAAAACAAAAAGAAAAAGGGAAAAAAAAAAACAAUACGUGAGUGUUUUGUGAGAGUAUGAGCACUACCAUUAGAGACGAACUGACAUCCUUGCUUCCUGAAUUUUUGUUUUGUCUUCAAUAUAUCGUACGAGCAUAAUACUAGCGUAUGUGGAAUGUUGAGAAAAUGUUAAUAUUUUUCUUAUCACAAGAAUGGCAUGUCAAUAGUAUCAAAGAUCCUGGCACGGUAUCUUUGACACGCUUGACCGGAAUAACUUUUUUUUACAUGAAUAAACGAUCAUGUUCUCCUACCCUCCCCGAUAUAAUAUUGACAAGUAAGAGUUAAAGAUACCUUAAUAUUAAGACAACAAUCUAACUUUUAAGUAUGUACCGUAUUAUAUCGAGUAACGAAUCGUACUCCAUCGAGAAACGAACAAAACGACUAACGAUUCUACCAUAGAGAUAUCCCUCGAUUUACUCUCUUUCUGUCUGUGAAUAUGUUUACUAUGAAUUGCAAAAGAGUAAAAAAAAAAAAAUGUCGCGAAAGAAAG